GCGGCAGUAGCACGGGAAGCAGCGGCCCGGGGCCGGUGCUCCGCUCUGAGCUCUGACUUUCGGGUCCCCUCGGCCCCGCCCGGGCACUGUCCCCCGGCGGGUGGGAGCGCUGUCCCCGCCUGUGGCUGCCCUCCAGCCGUGCAGAGCCCAGCCGGCCGGGGCCGCUGCCCUGCGGUCAUUCACCUGUCCGGGGCAGCUGAGAGCUGCUGGCCGCGUAGGAGGCUCAGCAACACCGCCGGCUCCUCACAUGUCCUGCCGGGGACCGACCGCCUGCUCCUGGGUCACCGUGGUUGUAACUUUCGUCCCCUUUUAUGAUUACAAAAUCUUAGGAACUUCUGGAGCAACGUUUAAAUGGAAAUAUCAAGUGUCGUUAAUGGUCUAGGACACUUGAUAAAAAGAUAAAAACCCCUGGGCAUAAGGCUCCUUCAAAACUUGAGAAGAAGGCAGUGCCCCAGCCUCUGAGCGCCCAUCUACCCAGGACCAGAAACCCAACACCAAGUUAAUGACAUGAACACGGUAGCCGGGUUCAUGGUCUCAGUGGGGCCCUGGUCUCAGUGUCGCAGUCUGUCCGGGCUUUGGGGAGACAGAGGGUGCGUCUGGACCUGACAGACUGUUCCCCCAUCGCUGGAUGUGCGCUCACUUGGCAGCUCCAGGCCACCUGCCGACAACCAGCUCCCCGUGCCUCUGCGAGCAGCGGCCCCCUCCUCCCCGCUCUGUUUGCAGCAUCUAGCGGGGCUGGCCUUCAGUCACCCGGGGGCGAGCAGCCUGCUUUCCAGGCCUCUGCAGACGUGAAAGUGUGAACACGAAGACUCUGACCAUGCUCCAGGCCGCCCACGCGUAAGGGGGACCAGACGCUAACACUACCGUCGCAACUGGCUCCCCACCAGGGCGCCACUGAGAGGGAAAAGAGGCCCUAUUGAAAAUUAUGCUGAGGGGACGGCCACACACUCCAUGACCCGCUGCAGGGUCCAGCUCCCCACACCGGAACCUCUAGUAUCUUCCUAAAUGAAGAAGUCCUCUCUAAGAUAACAGGCUUUGAAAAACCAUAGCUUCAUCUGCCAGGAAGGCGCAGCGUCUGUGACAGGAAUCAGAGGCGUAAGCUCUCUACAUUGAAGACCUAUGAAAACAUCAGCCUUUCCGGAGCGUCUGGCUCCUACCAGCUGCACGUUAAUUGUAGCUAGAGCCUCUAUCCACUGUUACAAAAGGAAAUAAACAUUCAGGAGUCGUUUUCAAAGCAUUUUGAGGGCUCCAGAGCAUUCAGCUGAAGUCUAGGUAUUACCGUGCGCGCGGGUCUCCAGGACUAAAGCCAGGCCGAGCCGCACUGCCCAGGCACUUUGGGGAAAAGCCUGUGACACCAUCUCAGGCCUCCUCUUCCCGGACACAGCCAGCCAGGCUGCAGGGCACGGAUCAAGGAAUGCUCCCCCUUCAGGGAGCUCUCGGCAGGUGGGAACAGACGAGUGCAGUGGGACAAGUUCAGCGACCUCGGACGGGAGUUAGCUGGUUCUGCGGGCUGUGUGCGUGCACACGCUCACACUCGUGCAUGCGCACACGCUCACUCAGGACCCCCUGCCCACCACAGCCGCCCGCUCCCCGCCCCCUGCCAGGUUGCUGCUCUGACGUGCUCCUGGCAUCCUCCAAUUUCCACAGAGAUCACCGUGCACUGUAGCCCUGAAUUUGAGCAAGGUUUUUAGUUACCUGUGGACAUUCACUUUUGAAGGGUUGGUUUAUACCGUUCUGGGUUCUUUUUAAAAAAAAAAAAAAAUCAUGGAAGAAAGACGCUGACAUCGGGCCUCAAAACACUUCCAGCAGCUAGCCCAACUGACGUGCAGUCCUUGCCAGCAGAGAAUGAAAGAAGGGACGGCGGAGCAUCUGUAAGCAGGGGUGCCACUGGGGUGGAGACCAGCCCCGUGGGGCUGGGACCCCAGCUCAGCGAGCGCAGCCCCAGAGACUCGCCGCCUGUGUUGUUACCGAGGCCCUAGUGGGGUCCCAGGGACCCUGAGCUGUGAUGUGGGGUCUGAUGGGGCCCGCAGCCUCUCCCCGUGAGAACUCGCACUCAGCCUGUGCCCGCGCUCAAGCCCUCUGUCCUCUCUCCGCCAGCUUCCUCUCCCCACGUGCCAGUUGGCAGAGAGUCUGAGUGAGAGUUCACGCAGCAGCUUCCUCUGCAGUAACGGACCGUGGAGGAGGAUGAGGAACUGCAGCCCACUGCGCACGCCGGGGGCUGGCCAGGCUCAUCCGCUGACCGCACGUACUCCGCCCUCGCGACAACCUCCUGACCCAGGGACCAAAGCCAGGCAGCUGUGAGCAGGGUGCCCAGGGAGCCCGGUCCUCAGCCACGUGGAGUCCCGGUCUCGGCCCCUCGGCCCAGUUCACAGGCCACUGCUCGGUUCCCUCGCAGCCCUCGGGCAAGAGCUCUCAGCAGGCAGUGUGGGUCCCUCCGAGGGGAGGACUGAGUCAGGCCGGGGGCGCACCCGAGCUGCCUUCUCUAAGUAUAAAAGCAGGGCCCUCGGUGCAGCAGGGCUUGGACGUGCGCCCCGUGGCCCCAGGUCCCCAGGUGGGCACCGCUUCACAGCUGCCCCGGCUGUUCCGCUCCAUUGACCAGGCCUGUGGCCAGUCCCCCGCCAGGGCCCCGCAGUCACCGAUCAUUGGGGGGGAGCUGCUGCCUCACUGCGCUGCCCCCACGCCCUGGACACCGCGGCCCCUCCUGGGCUUCAGGGCUUCCUGGGCCGCUGAGCAGAGGCUGGCCUGUCAGCUCACUUUCCCUGAGGCCCAGCCACGCCCACCUAGAGCGGGCCUCCACACUAAGCCCGCAAGACCCUCUCGGCCCACAUGUGACUCCAGUACCCACCCAGGCCACAGGGCCAUCCGACGGCCUCCUGGGUGCCAGAGAGAGCGGCAGACAUCCUGGAAGUGCCUGCUCAGGGCCCAGAGCAGAGCAGGGACCAUCUUCUCCAGAAUUGAAGACAGCAGGAGAGCUGCCCUGGGGUGCUCGGCCAGCGCCGCACACUCUGCGCUCACGUCAGCAUGCACCUUGGAGCCCGGCGGCCGUGGGUUUUCCUCUCGUGGUGUCUCCGCUCCUCCCCGCCCGAGCCUGGAGCAGACAGCUCUUCAGUGCCAUGCCGACGACCCCGCCAAAGAGCCUCCCGCCCAGCACAGCCGGGGGAGCUCCCACCCGAGGGGCACACAGCGUGACCACGGGGUGGCUGAGCCUUCCCGGGGCUGGAAGUUGGAGAGUCUGGGAGAACGUCUUCUUGAAAGAUAAUUAUUGGAACCCAGAGAGGGUCUUGGAAGAAAACUAUCAGUACUUCUGUGCACGGGAACAUCUGUGAUGAAUGACACUCACUCCAGUUGAGGGUCAAGGAAGAGAGGGGGCUCUAGAGACAGCUGAGUCCUCAGAAACGGGUGCGGUGGGACAGAACCCCGAAACGGCUCCGUGCCCUGGGCCUCCCGUGGAGACAAAACCACUACUUCCACGUCCGGCAGCCCCGAGCAGGGCUCGCCCUGCCUGCCCCGUUGGAGGUGGCCGCCCUAUCACCAUGCCCUUCCGAUGGGCUAGCUUGAGGUCAGUGGCAGUGCCGCUGCCCAGGUACCACAGGUGGAUGCCAGCUUGUCUGACCGUGAACCUCUGGCCUUGGGGCCUCAGCCUGGUUCACUCCAGAGGGCAAGGCCACUGGGGCCCGAGAGGGGACCCUCUGUGCUGUGGCAGUGGUGACCUCGGCUGUGUUCCCUUGAAGGCUUCCCUCAGCCCGCGGUGCCGCACACGCAGCAGGUGGGCAGGGAGGCCUGAGAGCGUCCCCAUCACACUCAGAAAGCAGCAGCCCCAGCAGGCCACGCGCAGGCCAGCUCGUUGAUCGGGCCCAACGCCGCCCGACUUCCUGGUCCUCUCAGAUUCUCUGAAAAAAGCAUGAUUUUUGAGCUCCAGCCUCUCCUGAGGCUACCCUCUUGUGCCAUGCAUGCAGCCAAGCCUGCAGAGAAAGACCCUGAGCAGGUGCUUCAGUGUCAGGGGCAACGUUCUGAGCCAGCUGAGCCCCCCGCCCACAGAGAUGACCUCCACCCUGGAGUCUCAGGCCGGCGGUGCCCUCCCGCGGGCGAGGUACUCUCUGCUCUGCCAGGCUGGCCACCCUCCUCUCUCCUCUCCACUGCUGGCCCCAAGCCUGGAACCACCCUGGCCCGAAGCUAAAGACCUCUCCAUCCCCUCGAACAAGACUGGCCAGACGCCCACCGCACAGCAGCCACGCCGGGACCAGGCAGGGGAGCGGACGCGGUGAAAGCCGCCGUGCUGGCAGGGCCGAGGCUGCUGCUUCAGGAGCAUGAUCAGAAACAAGACAGCGGGGAUGCAAGUCACCUUUAGAUCAGUGAUCAAUCCCCUUAUAGGAGAAACAGGAUAAAGCUGUAACGGGACCACCGCGGACAGCCCGAGGCGCAUGCCAGGCCCAGCCUGCGGAGCUGCUUUCCGCUUCUCUGCCGGGCCAGGACACUGGUGCCGACCAGCCCGCUCCCCCGGCCCAGGGCCACACGCCGGCCGAGCAGAUGAUCAGGGCUCGGCGGUCCUCCCACUGACAUCGCUGUGAUCCCCGAGGCAACACGCCUGCACGCGUCAGGCGCAGCCCUGCUCUGUGGACCGAGGCUGGUUGCAGCCCUGGCUCGGCACGCCUGCCGCAGAAGAGAGGCAACCGCGCACACACCUCCCGCCAUGUGGAGCUGCCCACUCAACGGCACGGGCGGCGAGGACCAGCUCCCCUGCCAGCACGUCCAGCGGGCCCUGUCUGUCCUCUCGCUGCUCUACCUGCUUGUCGGCGUCCCCCUCGGCCUCGGCUACAAUGCCCUGCUGCUGCUGGUCAACCUGCACGACCCGGGCGGUAUGACCAUGCCCGACGUCUACUUCGCCAACAUGGCCGCGGCUGGCCUGGUCCUCGGCGCCCUGGCGCCUGCGCACCUGCUGGGCCCCGGCGCUGCUGGCUGGGCCGUGUGGGACGCGGGCAGCGAGGUCCACGUCACGCUGCUGGUGCUGUUCAACGUGGCGGCGCUGGUGACCCUGUACUCCACGGCGCUGCUGGCCCUCGACUGCUACAUCGAGCGGGCGCUGCCGCGCACCUACAUGUCGAGCGUCUACAACACCAGGCACGUGUGCGGCUUCGUGUGGGGCGGUGCCCUGCUCACCGGCUUCUCCUCCCUGCUCUUCUACAUCUGCGGCCAUGUGGCUGCCAGGCUGGCCGAGUGCUCCCAGGUGCGGCACACGGAGGCGGCCGACGCCAUCAUGCUGCUCAGCGGGUACCUGGUGCCCGUCCUGGCCGUGCUGUACGCGCUCGUGCUCCUCACGCGGAUCCGGAAGGAGGACACGCCACUCGACCGGGACGCGGGCCAGCCGGACCCCUCGGCGCACAGGCUGCUGGUGGCCACCGUGUGUGUGCAGUUCGGGCUCUGGACGCCCCACUACCUGACGCUCCUGGGGCGCACGGUCCUGGCUGCGCGGGGGAGGCCAGCGGACGGGCACCACCUGGGGGCGCUGCUCCUCGCCAAGGACCUGUCCAGGUUCCUGGCCUUCGCCAGCAGUGCUGUGGUGCCGCUUCUUUACCGCCACAUGGACAGAAACUUCCCCGGCAAACUCCGGCGGCUGAUGAAGAAGCUGCAACGUGGGCCCCAGAGCUGCUCCUUGGACGAAGCGGGGGCACAGCCGGCGAUGGCGUAGACGCUGCUCCACGGGCCUCGGCCAACCGAGGGGCAGACGGCGCGUGGCAGAAGGCACAGCCCGCAGGGACCGGGUCCCCCGCGCCCGCUGCUUGCUCCCCCCCUCCCCGCGUCCAGGAGACUUGCUGGCCCUGCAUCACCCGCUCCCUCCCUCCCUCUCCCCAGGAGACCAGGCAGAGCCAGGCGAGUCCCCCACAAGAAGCCACCCUCAGGCCGAGGCCGUGAUGUCCGAGCAGCAGGUGCCAGGCGUGAGGAUGAGCUGGGCCAUCGGGGUACCUGGCCGCCCGCAGGGUGUGUGCUUGUCUCCUACGGGCGCCUUUCUGGUCCACGCCUGCAGCAGCCUGCUUCCCUCAGCCUCACGUCUGGCUUUCAAAUGAGUGAUGAGAAUCUAACGCCACUAUUUAUACUUUGUAUUGUUAAAAUACUCCAUCCCCCCUCCCUCUUGUUUUGUUGUGUAUGAAGAGACGUUUGGUAGGAAAGUCAGAAGGUAUUAAAAUGAAGGAGACACACGGAAGCGCACUCGGGGGAUGGGUGGGUGGUGGGCUCGCGGGGCCGGAGCUGCUGGCGACUUGCGUCCAUGUGGACGUGGUGGGCGAAGAGUCCGGACGGGGCCUCUCCUGACCCUAGGUGUGCCCCCGGGUCACGUCCACUGUCGCUGGGCCUGCGUGGGUCUGUCCUAAACAAGUCCCCAAAGCGCACAGAAGUAAAUAAACUGAA